AUGACCACCACCGCCGAGCCUUCCUCCAAGCGACUCAAGAUGGACUCGACCAGCCCUGCAGCGUCGCCCGUCAUUGGCACCCACAAUGGCCACUUCCACGCCGACGAGGCCCUCGCUGUCUAUUUCCUCCGCCUCUUGCCAGACUUCUCCGCUGCUUCACUCAUCCGCACUCGCGACCCGGGCACCCUCGAAAAAUGCACCAUUGUGGUCGAUGUCGGCGGUGUCCACGAUCACUCCCAACUCCGCUACGAUCACCAUCAGCGCGAAUUUUGCGCCACCUUUCCUGGUAAAAAUACGAAAUUGUCUUCUGCAGGGCUGGUGUGGAUGCACUAUGGCAAAUCGAUCGUGUCCGCUGUGACGGGGCUAGAUGUGGAGAGCGCAGAGAAUGAGCUGCUCUAUCAAAAGCUAUAUGAGGACUUUGUUCAGGCAUUCGAUGCAAAUGACAAUGGCAUCUCCGUCUACGAUCCGGCUGAAAUCAGAAAAGCUGGAAUCGAGAAGAAGACUUCAGACAAGGGCUUCAGUAUUGCCAAUGUUGUCGGGCGUUACAACCAUGCUCCUCUGCUGAAUGGCGUUCCCAAGAACGGCGUCAUCCAGACAAGCAAGGCCAAGGACCAAGCAGAGGAAGAUGCGCGUUUCCUGCGCGCUUCGGCUUUCGUGGGCGAGCAAUUCUCCAUCGAGUUCAACGACAAGUUCUCCGCAUGGCUGCCAGCUCGUGCCAUCGUGGCCCAGGCCUUUCACUCUCGCACAGCAGUCGACCCUCAAGGCCGCAUCUUGGUGGUACCCCACAAUGAUGGUGGUGUGCCGUGGAUGGACCACCUGUACGCGCUCGAGGAGGAGAAUGGUGCUCAAGGAAGCGUGCUAUAUGCAUUAUUCGCGGAAAGUGGGGAGAAGGACAGCAAGUGGAGGAUCCGCGCUGUCAGCCUGGAACCUGGCAGCUUCGAGAACAGAAAGGGACUACCAGAGGCCUGGAGAGGUGUGCGGGAUGAAGAACUCAGCAAACUUUCUGGGAUUCCAGGUUGCAUCUUCGUGCACGCCGGGGGCUUCAUUGGAGGCAAUACUACCUUUGAGGGUGCACUGGAGAUGGCUAAGAAGGCGGUGGAGUUGUAG